UGAAUUCACUUGAGGGAGGGCCCGUUACUUUCUGGAAGUAUCUUGAGAGGAAAAUAACAGUAAGCUAUUUUUUUUCUUACAAAAUGACAUUUAAAGCAAAGAUAUGUUGCAUCCGGUAGGACGGAGUUCGGAAAUACAAGUCACCAAAGUUUGUAUCCAAAAUUCACAUAUGCACCCAUUUGAAGUGAUCCUCCCAUGCUCUUGAACGCAUCACGGGAGCAAGAGCGGCGUGCGUCACUUGCCGCGCUCAAGUCACUUGGCUCGCCGCCCGCCUCAUCACAAAGCGCGUCGUCCGCUGGAGGUUAGUUUUGACAUUUUUCUUCAUCUGCCAUCAAAUGAAAUCAUUUGAAUCGAAAUCACUUGUGCUUGCCCUUUGCUGGGUGUCACCCAAAGGCCUGGCAUCCGCUCUUGCUGUCAACUUGAAAAAGCUGAAAGGUCUCGGAAAGGUCUCGGCCAGCCGGCACGCUGGCAUCUGACCUUAGCGUGCGGAGUGGCCCCCGCCCGCCCGCUCAAGGGCCACACCUUGCGCGAGUAGAGCGGCUGGCGUUGAAGCCGUUUCCGCCUUUGGCGGUUCCGAACGACCCCCGUUGCAAAGUGUCGAGUCGGCAAGUCGGCCGAGGGGAAGUGAGAUGACUGGAGGAAGUUGAGCUUAGUGGGAGGAGCUUCAACGUUCAUUUGAAUGAGCCACUUUGGGUUUGGUGACACGCACGUGUUCGCACCUCAACAUCUCACUUCCCUUUUGCGCACCAACUUUGGCCCCUCCCUGAGUUUCAGCGCCCGCCAAAAAGAUUUUCGUGUUUCUCUUCCUGUCCCAAAACCUACGGCCACGCGUGUGAAUGUUCCCGCCGGACGUUUCGGAUUUCAUCUCUAUUAAUAGCGGCACAUGCGCGUCAGGCAGGCCUCAAAUGUCACAAGCGUGCCAUUGGCGGCUUCCGGAUGGCGUCAAAAUGAACAAAUGGAGCAUUGCCUUGGACCAUUCACAGCGUGCUCAUCUGCUGUGAUGUCAUAGCGCUGUCGUCGUUCUCCGUAUAGGUCCUGUGGAGGCCAACCUCCUCCUCCUCCUCCCCCUCCCCCCUCUGCCCGCCGUGUCUCUGGCAGGAACUAGGGCAGCUCGUCGUCUGUCGAGGAAAGUCCGCACGGAGACCCGCCCGGACGCCAUGUCGCCCUUCCUGCGCAUCGGCUUCUCCAACUUUGAGAUGGACCCGGGCCUGGAGUACCAGGAGGAGGUGCUCAACCCCUACUGCGCCGUUUACAUGAAGGAGGCCGUCGAUACAGCACCGUUUGUGAGUCGCUGCUUCGGCCAGUGACGUCAACCCGAGUCUUGCCUCCCCCCCUCCCUGCAGAAAAGGGCCCGGUGUUCAAGCAGAAGAAGCCCACCAUGUACCCGCCGUGGAGCACCACCUUUGACGCCCACGUGCACCGCGGACGCCUCAUGCACGUGAUGGUGAAGGACCGCACGGCCGAGCUCAAGUCGGAGGCCACCGUGGAGCUGGACUCGCUGGCAUCGCGCUGCAAGAAGGAGAACGGCCGGCUGGAGAUGUGGUUGGAGUUGAAGCCGCAGGGCCGCCUGCUCAUGGAGGCUCGAUACUACCUGGAGAUAAGCGACGCGGCGGCGAAGGCUGACGGCGAAUGUGAGCGCGAGGCUCCGUUUGCCCUCCAUCAUCGGCGCGGCGCCAUCAAACAGGCCAAAAUUCACGAGGUCAAGUGUCACGAGUUCAGCGCCACCUUCUUCCCGCAGCCCACCUUCUGCUCCGUGUGCAAAGAGUUUGUCUGGGGUCUCAACAAACAAGGUUACCAGUGCAGACAGUGCAACGCCGCCAUCCACAAGAAAUGCAUCGACAAGGUCAUCGCCAAGUGCACGGGCUCGGCCGUCAACAGCAAAGAAACCAUGAUCCACAAGGAGCGCUUCAAGAUCGACAUGCCGCACAGGUUCAAGGUGUACAACUACAAGAGCCCCACCUUCUGCCAGCAUUGCGGGACCCUCUUGUGGGGGCUGGCCAAGCAGGGCCUCAAAUGUGACGAAUGCGGCAUGAACGUCCACCACAAGUGCCAGAAGAAAGUGGCCAACCUGUGCGGGGUCAACCAGAAACUGAUGGCCGAAGCGCUGGCCGUCAUCGAGAGCAAGCAGCAGGCCAGGAGCACCAGAGAGAGCGACGUGGUCGGACGGGAAGGUCCCGUGGACAUCAACCGAAUGAUGCGCUCCGGUGCGGCGGAAAGCGCGGCUUCGGCGACGCCUGCGUGGAAAGAGGUGCAGGGUAUUUCCUGGGAGGGGCCGGCCGUCUCCGACACGCCGGCGGCGCGAGAAAACCUUUACGAUUUGCCGUCGCUGGGUCGGCCCAAGUUCUGCCUCGACGACUUUGUUCUGCACAAGACGCUCGGCAAAGGCAGCUUUGGCAAGGUGUUUUUAGCCGAGCUGAAAAAGAGCGGCGAGUUUUUCGCCGUCAAGGCUCUGAAGAAGGACGUGGUUCUGAUGGACGACGACGUGGAGUGCACCAUGGUGGAGAGGAGGGUCCUCUCUUUAGCCUGGGAAAACCCCUUCCUCACUCAACUGCACUGCACCUUCCAAAGCAAGGAGAACCUGUUCUUCGUGAUGGAGUACCUGAACGGAGGCGACCUGAUGUUCCACAUCCAGAAGUGUCACAAGUUCGACCUGCACCGAUGCACCUUCUACGCCGCCGAGAUUGUCUGUGGCCUUCAGUUCCUGCACUCCAGAGGAAUCAUCUACAGGGACCUGAAGCUGGACAAUAUCUUGCUGGACUCAGAGGGACACGUCAAGAUCGCAGACUUUGGGAUGUGCAAGGAGAAGAUGUCGGAGGAGGCCCGCACGUCCACUUUCUGCGGGACGCCCGACUACAUUGCUCCCGAGAUCCUGCUGGGCCAGAAGUACAACCGCUCGGUGGACUGGUGGUCCUUCGGCGUCCUGCUGUACGAGAUGCUCAUCGGUCAGUCUCCCUUCCACGGGCGGGACGAGGAGGAGCUCUUUCAGUCCGUCCGCACCGACGACCCGGCGUACCCCCGCUGGCUGACCCGAGACGCCAAGGACAUCCUCAUCAAGCUGUUUGUCAGGGAGCCCGAGGAGCGGCUGGGAGUCGUGGGAGACGUCAGGCAGCACGCCUUCUUUGGCGCCACCGACUGGAAGGCCUUGGAACAGCGCAAGGUGCCGCCGCCCUUCAAGCCCACUUUGACGUCCCCCAGCGACUGCAGCAACUUUGACAAAGAGUUCAUCAACGAGAAGCCGCGCCUGUCGUGCGCCGACCGCACGCUCAUCAACAGCGUGGACCAGACCAUGUUCUGCAACUUCUCCUUCGUCAAUCCGGCUCAGGCGGCGGCGCGCUGAUCUCCGCCGCCGCCGAGCGAGCAGACUUGAAGGCGCUCCGUUUCGGGCCAAAAUUCCAGCGGCCAAGUAAGACAAAAACUGACAGGUCACUUUGCAGUUGUGGCGCAACUGCUCAGACCUGGCGAGUAGGAAAAUGUUGACCUCCGUUUAUACAUUUGGAUGACCUCCACGUCGUUUCGUCCCGUUGUCGCUAAUUAAACACGUGCUUCAUGA